AGUCACUCUGGAAUGAGGACUGUAACGACGACAUUCGGAGUGCUACGAGGUGAAACUGUAAGUCCAGAUGUUGGUGAUCUCUCACCGGUCACGCAGUAUCUUGGUGUGCCAUACGGGGUUGCUCCUUCUGGACAGUAUCGCUUCAAUAUGGCCAUAUCGGCAGCUAAAUGGACGCAUUUACCAAAGGAUGCAAACAAACUUUCACCGGUGUGCAUUCAAUCGGGGAUACCUGAAUUGUCUGAAGCGAAAGCUUUGAAGAUGACAUCUGCACAACGCUAUGAUCAUAUGCAUAGACUUCUGCUGAGGUUGAAGCCCCAAUCCGAGGAUUGUCUUUAUAUGAAUUUGUUUGUACCUGAACGAAUUGAACCGAGCAGAACGCAGUUACCGGUACUGGUGAUUGUUCAUGGGGAUGAGUACGGAUGGAAUAGCGGUAAUCCGUACAAUGGCACAAUAAUUGCAUCUAGUGGACAGAUCAUUGUUGUCACGCUCAAUUACCGUCUCGGAGUGUUUGGUCUCUCGGAUUUGGUUGCUGCGCUAAAAAUGCUGAGCAAUACGCUACCAGCAUUCGGCGGUGACUCGUCAUCAGUAACGCUUCUUGGUUGGGGUUCAGGAUCGGCAUUGGUGUCCUUACUGAUGGCUUCACCGAUCACACAGCCAAACAAUCGUUUGUUUCGAAGAGCGAUUCUUCUCGAUGGAUCUGCGCUUGCACCGUGGGCAAUGACAAAUAAUCCUCAGCCUUUCUUCUACCAACUCGCCGAACAUUUGAAGUGUGUUGAAACAAUUGCGGAGAGGAAGCGCGGUUCGCGUCAUCAAAGGAACAUCGACUCGAUUGUGAGGUGUAUGCAAGAUCACGGACCACAUAACGUUACCAAUGCCGCACAUAAAAUUCUAGUUCCAACGUUUCUGUCUGCAUUCGCGCCUAUUGUUGAUGGACAGUUAAGUUUCUGUAUGGUUCCAAAUAGGCCAUUGGCUCUAUUCGGUGCCCAGUUUGGAUCACUGUUCCGAGAUAUUGAUUUACUUGUUGGGGUCACAUCAAAUCCUGCUCAUCACCUUCUUUCCAAUGAUGAUCUUCGACAUGGCAUUACCAAAGAAAGACGUGAGAAAAUAUUCAGGACAUUGGUCCGGAAUCUAUAUGAUUACCACCGAACCGAGAUUCUUGCCGCAAUAAUCAACGAAUAUACCGACUGGGAAAAUCCAAAGGAUCAUCCCAAGACGAUUCGUAACGGUGUUUUAUCGGCCUUGAGUGACAUUCUGUUCACUGUUCCUACAAUUGAAACAGCUCGGUUGCAUUCCAUUGAGGAAAACCAUCGAGAUUCGAACACAUUCAUGUUCGUCUUUGCACAUGAAACACGACAGUGGAUGGAUGAGCAACCGAACAGUGGCGUACGCGGUUCGAUAUCCGGUGAUCACAUUCCAUACAUAUUGGGGUAUCCUUUAAGCAAUAGGAACAGAGAGGAACAGGUAGCUGGAAUGGUCACUUUUUGUGCAGAAGACAGGGGAGUUUCACAAUAUUCCAGUGAUCCAUCCAAGCCAGUCUCUUUGACUGCCAACUAUCCUCUCGAAGAGCGAUUUCAUAGCACCGCAUGGCCACAGUUCAAUCAAGCGAAUCGAGAGGCUUAUUUAGAAAUAUCUGAUCGUCCGCGAGUUAAAAAUUAUUACCGAAACGCUCAAGUUGGUUUCUGGAACGGAUUUGUUCCACAACUUCACAACGGUGGACGAGAAGGUGCUCCUGUUCCCGAGGAGCACAAUUUUCUACCGAAUCACUUCAAACGCGAUUCAUUUUUUGGUACGGUUCGACCAUUCGGCGGCUAUGCAAAUGAUCCAUUCCCGCCACCUCCUUUACCUCCAACGCCACUACCAAAAGACCUCAGAAAGCUGACUACGCCAAAACCGACAAUCCCGGUGACUACCCAAGCCCCAUCUACUGCAGUUCCCAUCGUUAACGCUGCUCAAAACAGCACAAUGCUAUCGGUUACGGUAGCUGUUGGCUGUGGAUUAUUAUUUCUGAACAUUUGUAUUGGAUUCGGUUUAUACAGACAGUGUAAUAAACGUGAAGAAUCAAAAAAGAAAUUACAAUUACAGUAUCAAACGUAUGCUGCUAAUCAUCAACCUGGUGGUGAACUCAAUUACAGUUUGAAUUCACCAAUGAAUACUCAGGUGAAUUUGUUUGAUGAUUUUUUCACAGCGAUGCCCCCUCCACCACCGCCCCCAUUGAGUCAUCAUCCUUCGAUAGCAAAUUCAACAAUUGGUCACAAUAUGGAAAUACCAUCACAGAUCGAAUAUGAUCCUACUGCUUGUAGGCCUGCAACAGCAUACCAUAAUUACCCUGAUUCACAUACUAGCACACUCAAUCGAUCUAAUUUUCAAGAACAGGAACCUUUAUUAUCAUCGAAUAGCAAAGGACCACCUGUCCAACUAAGGCCAGGUGUAAGCCCAACAUGUCCCAGACACGGACGAGCUGCGAUGGCUUUGGCCACUGGACGUAACAAUACUGUUGGAACACCGAACUCAGGUCCUACAUUAGAAGAGAUACAAGUUUGA